CACUGAGGAUCUUUGAUGUUCACGUUCCAGUUCUGAGGCGACAUGUCGGAUAAGACGGCGCCGCGCUGCCAGCUGAGGCUGGAGUGGAUCCAUGGUUACAGAGGUCACCAGUGUCGUAACAACCUGUACUACACCGCAGGGAAAGAGGUGGUGUACUUCGUGGCUGGAGUGGGCGUGGUCUACAACACCAGAGAACACACCCAGAAGUUCUACCUGGGACACAAUGAUGACAUCAUCAGUCUGGCGAUGCAUCCAGAUAAGAUCCAGGUCGCCACGGGUCAGGUGGGUAAGGACCCGUACAUCUGUAUCUGGGACACGUACGCAAUGCAGACGGUCUCCAUCCUGAGGGACGUCCACACUCACGGAGUCGCCUGUUUGGCCUUCGACUCUGACGGACAGCGUUUGGGGUCUGUUGGUUUGGACGCCAAAAACACUCUCUGUGUUUGGGAUUGGAGGAGAGGACGGGUCCUCGCCACGGCAACUGGACACUCAGACAGAAUCUUUGACGUGUCCUGGGACCCGUUCACGUCCAGUCGUCUGGUCAGCUGUGGAGUCAAACACAUUAAGUUCUGGACGCUGUGUGGGAAUGCUCUGACCCCUAAGAGAGGCAUUUUUGGUAAGACGGGCGACCUGCAGACCAUCCUGUGUGUUUCUGCAGCCAAAGAGGAGCUGACGUACUCUGGAGCUCUGAACGGAGACGUUUACGUGUGGAAGGGGAUCACUCUGAUCAGGACUGUGCAGGCUGCACACGGGGCGGGGAUCUUCAGCAUGCACGCCUGUGAGGAAGGAUUUGCCACAGGGGGACGAGACGGCUGCAUCCGCCUGUGGGACGUUGACUUCAAACCCAUCACCAAGAUCGACCUGAGGGAGGCGGAGCAAGGAUACAAAAGUCUGUCGAUCCGCAGUGUUUGCUGGAAGGCAGACCGGAUUCUGGCGGGAACACAGGAUAGUGAGAUCUUUGAGGUCAUGGUCCGAGACCGGGACAAACCGGUUCUUCUGAUGCAGGGACACAGCGAGGGCGAGCUGUGGGCGCUUGACCUGCACCCAAAACAGCCAGUCGCAGUCACUGGGAGCGACGACCGCUCCGUCAGGCUGUGGAGUCUUCCCGACCACACUCUGUUGGCUCGCUGUAACAUGGAGGAAUCAGUCCGCAGUGUUUCCUUCAAUAACGAUGGCUCUCAGCUCGCUUUGGGGAUGAAGGACGGUUCUUUCACCGUGCUGAGAGUCAGAGACAUGACGGAGGUUGUGCACAUCAAGGACAGAAAAGAAGUGAUACACGAGCUGAAGUUUUCACCCGAUGGUUCCUUCCUGGCGGUGGGCUCAAACGACGGGCUGGUGGACGUCUACGCCGUCGCUCAGCGUUACAAGAAGGUGGGCGAGUGCAGCCGCUCCGCCUCCUUCAUCACCCACCUGGACUGGUCGGUGGACAGCCGCUUCCUGCAGACAAAUGAUGGCGCUGGGGAGCGGCUCUUCUACAGGAUGCCAGCGGGUAAGCUGGUCCCGAAAGAGGAGUCAAAGGGGAUCCACUGGAUGACCUGGACAGGUGUGGUGGGUGCGGAGGUGAACGGCAUCUGGCCUAAAUACUCAAACAUCACCAACAUCAACUCUGUGGACGCCAACUACAGCAGCGCCGUGCUGGUGACCGGAGACGACCUGGGACUCGUCAAACUCUUCAGGUUCCCCUGUCUGAAGAAAGGAGCCAAAUUCAAGAAGUACAUUGGUCACUCUGCCCAUGUGACAAACGUCCGCUGGUCAAACGACCUGCAGUGGGUCAUCAGCACAGGCGGAGCUGACCAUGCCGUCUUCCAGUGGAGGUUCCUGCCUGAGGGGGUCAUGAAUGGCGUCCUGGAGCCCCUCCUCCAAGAGGGUUACGCUGAUUCCAACAGCGGAGAGUCGGACUCGGACCUGUCGGACGUCCCAGAGCUCGACUCAGACAUCGAACAGGAAGCUCAGACCAGCUACGAACGCCAGGUGUAUAAGGAGGACCUUCCUCAGCUGAGGAAGAAGCUGAUUGGUUCCCUGAAGAGGCAGAAAGCUCCGGAGGAGGGGCUUCGUCUGCAGUUUGUUCACGGGUAUCGGGGCUUCGACUGUCGUAACAACCUGUUCUACAGUCAGACCGGCGAGGUGGUGUACCACGUGGCCGCCGUCGCCGUCGUCUACAACCGUCUGCAGCACAGUCAGAGGUUUUACCUCGGCCACGACGACGACAUCCUCAGCCUCACCGUCCACCCACUCAAAGACUACGUGGCCUCCGCGCAGGUGGGCAGAGACCCAGCGGUCCACGUGUGGGACAUCCAGACUCUGAAGUGUCUGUCUCUGCUGAAAGGACACCACAGCAGAGGAGUGUCUGCGCUGGAGUUUACAGCCGACGGAAAGAGUUUGGUCUCGGCGGGAAUCGAUGAGUUUCACUCCAUCGUCAUCUGGGACUGGAAGAAAGGAGAGAGGCUGGCCAAAGCUCGGGGUCAUAAAGAUAAGAUCUUUGUGGUGAGGAGUAACCCGUUCAGGAUGGACAAACUGGUGACGGUCGGCAUGAAACACAUCAAGUUCUGGCAACAUUCAGGGGGCGGUCUGACCUUCAAGCGGGGGAUCUUUGGGAACCUGGGGAAGCAGGAAACGAUGAUGUCGGCAUGUUACGGUCGAUCGGAGGACCUGGUUUUCUCCGGAGCGACAAACGGAGACGUUUACAUCUGGAGGGACACGACGCUCAUCAAGACCGUCAAAGCACACGACGGCCCCGUGUUCGCCAUGUGCUCCCUGGACAAG